CCUCUACAUUUCCCCAACUGAGCGCUAAGAGAAACUGUAAGCAAAAUCAAAAGAAUAUCAAUCCAAUUCAUUUUGUGGAACAUUAAGUACUCGUAUCUCAGUAUAAGCAAGUGCUCCGUGUAACUACAGAGAAUAUGUCACCAUUCUUUUUAUCCCAGAAUAUCGUAAAAGGGGUUUUUAAUACUACCAUAAGGCGAAUUGUUGCUGAAGGCAGAUCUUACAGAGGCGUAUUUAGUACGCCCGGUAAAAAGAGGAAAGGUGGCAAAAAAAAUUAACUUGGAUAGUUUUGAUUUAGAAUUGAUCAGAAACAAGUUAAAUGAGUUUUACACUGUACGAAAAGAAAUACCCACUUUUUCUUUUUUCACUUUGCAUUUGUGUUUGUUGCUGUUUGUAUGCUUUUGAAUAUAAUCUAAAAACAUAGUAAUCUAAAAAUAACAAUCUUAUUUUGUCUUCAAACUUAUUUUGAAAGACAUCUGAUUCAAAUUCGUGAAGUGCCAAUCAAAAGGACUAUUUUAAUGGAGCGACAUGACAUAAAGAUACACAGAUUCAAGUAUUUGGAGCGUAUACAAAAGAAUCGAGAAGGUGAUGAUAAGCUAGAUGUGGUUUAUUUAGAUGAAACCUACAUACACGGUUUAUGUUCAGUGAACAAAUGCUGGCAAAAUAAAGAUAUUGCAGGCCCAUCUAAAAGUAUUUCGGCAGGGCCUAGAUGGAUCAUUGUACAUGCUGGUGGAGAAAAUGGUUUUGUGCCAAACUGUUGUUUGGUAUAUAGAUCGAAGAGUACAUCUGCUGACUACCACCAUAAUAUGAAUAAAGAUAACUUUACAAAAUGGGUUACGGAGAAGUUGAUUCCCAACCUUACAAAACCUUCUCUAAUUGUCAUGGACAACGCCAAGUAUCAUUCUGUACAAUUAAACAAACCAACUACACAAGCCGACCGUAUUGCUGUUAUAAAAGAAUGGCUUCAAUCAAACAAUAUCCCUUACGACGAUAAUUGGCGUAAAUGUCAAUUACUGGAAGCAGUGAAAAUUCAUAAAUCUGAACCUAAAUAUCAGAUAGAUGGGAUUUUAAAGUCACACGGCCACGAAGUCUUGAGGCUCCCACCAUAUCAUUGUACGUUCAACCCCAUAGAAUUAAUCUGGGGAAUAAUGAAACAAAAAGAUGCGGGUAAAAACGUCAACAGACCUGCAAGUGAUAUAAAUUCUUUAACAGAAGAAGCUUUCUCUCAAAUAGGGAUCGAUAAAUGGCGCAAAUCUUGUGAACAUGUAAUAAAAAUUGAAAAUCAGUUCAUAGAACAAGAUCGAUUAAUUGAGAUGCAGGUUUAUCAUAAAUACUGUGUCUUCCUCGUCUUUCUUUUCAGAUGAUGACUUUUUUAUAAAUGUGCAGUAUUUGGAACCAUUUUCAAAUUCUGAUAGCCAGAGGAAAGGUUUAUCAUAAA